AUGGCCACCGUCCCCCAAACCACCGAGGAGAUCCUCGCCACGGGCAUCAUGAACCCGGAGUUCGAAGCCGCCUGGAAAGCGCGCGGUUCGCCCCCGGGCUCCAUGCCCACCGACGUCGUGACGCUCAAGCGCAUCGUUUCGGACAGCGUGCCCAACCUGCAAGCCCAGCUCUCCGCCUCCCGCCCGGCCGACCUGACCGAGACGGAGCACACCGUACCCCUGAGCACGGGCUUCGCCUCGCGUGUCCUGCUCUGCCACCCGAGCCCGACCCAGGCCACUCCAAACCCUGGAACCCCAUCCCCCAUCAUCCUCCUCUUCCACGGCGGAAUCCACGUCCUCGGAGCCCCCGAAUUCGACCUCCCCCUCGCCCGCCGCCUCGCCCAAACCCACCACGCCACCGUCGUCCUCCCCUCCACCCGCAAGGCCCCGGAAUCCCCCUUCCCCACCAUGCUGCACGACGCCUGGGCCCUCCUGCAGGCCGUCGCCCACGACGCCGCCCUCCCCGCCGCCGAGCGCACGCUUCUCCCCGCGCAGGCCGACCCGGACGCGGGGUUCAUCGUCGGGGGCGCGUCGUCGGGCGCCAAUUUUGCCGAUGUGGUGGCGCACUUGGCGCGGGAUGCGGGGUUGUGGCCGGCCGUGUCGGGGCUGUUUUUGGUGUGCGGCGCUUUUAUGGAUGAGGGCCGCGUCCCGGAGCAGUAUAGGGCGAGGUAUUUGUCCAGAGAGCAGAAUAAGGGGGCGCCGGUGGCUGAUGAGGGGUUUAUGAAGGCUUUUGUGGCGGCUGUCGCGCCCGAGAGGACGUCGCCGCUGUGGGCGCCGUUUGUGCAGGGCGGGUGCGAGGCUGAUGUGAAGAAGGGGCAUGGCGGGAUGCCGAAGACGUAUUUUCAGGUGUGUGGUAUGGACUUGAAUCGAGACGAUGGGUUGAUUUAUGAGAGGGUGUUGAGAGAGGAGUGUGGCGUGCCGACCAGGCUGGAUUUGUAUAGCGGGUUUCCGCACUGCUGGUGGGAUAUGUACCCGGAGCUGGAGGCAUCCAAGAAGAGGGGGAACGACACCAUGGAGGGGUUCAAGUGGUUGCUGUCGAAGUGGUGUGGGGGACAAUACUAA